GGGGACAUCUGCUACAAUUGAAGAAAGCCUACAACUUCUGCUAAUAUACCUGCAAAACGGGUCGGCUGUUGGCUAGAAUUUGGACUUGUUUUCCGAUGGCAUACAAAUCGGUGUUCGAUUUUUCCGUGGUAAAAUCGGAAUUCGAAAACGCCGGCCUCAAACCUCACUUCAUCCCCCUCAUCUGGAAGCACGUUUUACAAAACCCUAAUUGCCAGUGGGAUGAAAUUCCAUCAUUGCCUUCCGCAGCUUACCCUUUGCUCAACUCGAAAUUCAUAUCCUGCACUUCCACUCUCCAUUCAGUCAUUAAUUCGAAUGACACAGUCACCACCAAGCUCCUCGUCAAAUUACAGAAUGGAGAAUUCGUGGAGGCUGUCAUAAUGAGAUAUGAUACACGUUUGGGAAAAUAUGAUGGGAAGCCUCGUCCUGGUGGACCUAGGUCAACCUUGUGCAUAUCCUCACAGGUUGGAUGCAAAAUGGGUUGCAAGUUUUGUGCAACUGGAAGCAUGGGAUUCAAAAAUAAUCUCUCAUCAGGUGAAAUUGUGGAACAACUGGUGCAUGCCUCUCGCAUAUCAGCUAUACGCAAUGUUGUUUUUAUGGGCAUGGGAGAGCCAUUGAACAACUAUGCCUCAGUGGUGGAAGCUAUUAGAGUCAUGACAGCAUCUCCUUUCCAGCUGUCACCAAAGAAAAUUACAGUCUCAACGGUUGGCAUUAUCCAUGCUAUCAACAAGCUUCAGACCGAUAUACCGAACUUGAACCUAGCAGUUUCACUGCAUGCACCAGUACAAGAAAUUCGAUGCCAAAUAAUGCCUGCAGCACGGGCUUUUCCUUUGGAAAGACUAAUGAAUACAUUACGAGACUAUCAAAAUAACAGUCAUCAGAAAAUCUUUAUUGAGUACAUAAUGCUUGAUGGGGUGAAUGAUGAGGAACAGCAUGCUCACCAGCUUGGCAAAUUGCUGGAGACAUUACAAGUGGUUAUAAACUUGAUUCCGUUUAAUCCAAUUGGUACUCUGAGUCAUUUCUCAACUAGCAAUGAUCAGAAAGUCACCAGAUUCCAGAAAAUACUUAGAGGUACAUAUAACAUCCGUACAACAGUACGUAAGCAAAUGGGCCAAGAUAUAAGUGGUGCCUGUGGUCAGCUAGUAGUUAGCCUGCCAGAUAAAAGUUCCACUGGAAGUGCUGGACUCUUAACUGACAUUGAAGAUCUUCGUAUUUAACUUAGGGAACCAUUCAGAUUAUUGAGAGGUUUUGAAGGAAAUCAAAGAAAUAUUCAGAAAUUCGAAGGCAUUUGGCUCCCAGUCUUUAAAGUCUACGCAGAGGAAUGCUGAUAUUUUUGGUGUGACAAGACGAGAGUGAAACCAAUCUUCAAAAAUAUAAAACGAGUUUAUUUCUUAAACCGACUGGGAAUGGUUCAAACGAGAUAUCAUUAUUUUUCCUCUCUCCUUCAUGGUGUGUGAUUUGUAGAAAGAAUUCAGAAAUCAUUGAUCACAUAUUGCUACAUUGUGAUUUUGCGGGAUUGCUUUGGUGUAAACUUCUUGAGGAAGUUGGUUUUAAUUGUGUUUUCCACUGGAAGUGUAUUAGAUUGCUCAUUUAAAAUAUGAUUAAUUUGGUUAAGGAUACAAGGGACAUGAUCAUAUGGAAAUGAAUAGUUUCGACUAUAUGUUCGUGAUUUGGAUAGAGAAACAAUAUGAUCUUUGAAUGAAAAGAGUUGGGAAGUUUAUAAGUUAUGGGAAAGAUCUUGGACAAAAAAAAAAUAAUAAUAAUUUACUUCCAUGUUCUAUCAACUUUGUAGUCAUGUCUUUGGGAAUGAUCUAUGUAAAUUGCUCUUGAUCCAGAAAUUACUUAGACCUUCUAACCUUUUGAAUGGGUGAUGUUAUGAAGUCCAUAUAGAUUUCAUGUCCAGACAAGAAUGCAGUUAAAACUUAACAUCUAAGCACACUAAGCCUUUGGCUGAAUAUUAUCGUUUAUUAAGUUCUUACCUAUUUCAACAUUCUUCAUUUUUUAAAACAAGUCCUCUCUUAGGCUUUUGAACUGCGUUACUUGAUCUCCCAUGAGAAGCCAGGAAUGCUGUUCAAAACAGGAUGCUUAUUGCAUAAGGCUUGUGUAUAGCUUAAUUUUCUGUGAUAUGUUUCUUAUAAGUAGUAGGAAGCAUGAUCAAUUUAAUCUCUGAUCAUUCUGUUCAUUAUUUUGAAUGGGUGUGUGCAUCUUUUAAUUAAUGGGUUUUGGCUUAAAUGUUUCAAAAUUUUGAAUUUAUUGAUAGUCAAACUUUAUUCGUCUCCUGAUUUAGUUUACACUUCUCCUAAUCAGUCUUGAAUCUGUUUGUGGCUCAAAUCCAACCUGAUAACUGAUUCUGCAAGGUUCAUUAUAUUCCAACCAGAAAGUUUGCCCAACUUAUAUUACAAUAAUAAAACCUCACUUUUCUUGCAAGGAAAAAGAGUUAAGUCUUUCUUUCCUUUUGCUGAUCUCUUGUGCCCAACUAACAUACAGCUGUACAUAAAAACUGGAUUGGGUGCAUUAGACUUGUCUUUUUUCAUUUUGUGCUGAUCUUCAGCAUGUUGAUUGAUGAUUAUUCUUUUUUUGUCAGAUGGUGGUGACGAUGGAUUUGAUGAUGAUUUUGACAAGAUAUAGCUUGGUAAGUGUAGCGUGUUACUUGCAUCUGUGGCUCUGUGUGUGCGCACGCGUGUGUGGUGGGAUGGGGCCUCUCUGGUGUUCUCAGAAAUUUCAUUUUGUUUUAUUGAAAUUUGCAAAUGAAACCAACAAAAAGUUGUUGCCUCUUAACUUUCAUUAGUUUUGUUGGCUUUAUGAACUGAUGUUUGAUUACCAAAUUCCAGUGGUAGAAAGAGCCAAAUUUUGUGUAUAUAGUGGGAUAUGGUUAGGUUGCAGAAAGAACCAAAUUUUGGUGAUGUGCAAUUUAAUAUAGAUGGGAUUGUUUCACAUUUUACAUACAAAUGUAUUAUUUGCUUCUAAAGGACUAUAGACUUUUGAUGUAAUUUGUACGCUAGAGGUUUCAAUCAAGAUAAGUUUUACGUUUCACGAACA